AUGUCUAGUCUAUUCGACAAAACAGAGAAAUUCGUUAAAUUUAAUCGAAAUCAAUCUAAAGAAGCGCAAAUAAAAAAUGUCUUUAAUCCAUUCACACGAACGCUUAUUGAUGAACAACUCGCAAAGGAUCUAGGGAUUAUUUCUAAUGGUUAUUAUCGGAAUUGUUAUGGCGGAUUGGUUCCCAUACAUAUCGCAGCAAGUCAAGGUUUUAUUCAGUUCUCAACAAAUGACGAAAUCGAAAUUGAAUAUCGUUCAAAACAAUAUCCUCUCAUCGCUUAUCUAAGUAUUCGUCAAGCUUACGAUCCUAUUCAGCAAUGUAUGAUAUCCUGUCGGCAAGCAAUCGAAAACAAAAUUCUAAAUCUCGAAUUUUUCUUAUAUACAUAUUUAAAUCUAAACAUGGAGAUUCACGAAGGAUUUAAUCGUGGUCUAAUUAUUGGCGAAUUACGAACACAAACAACCGAAUCAAAACCAAUCAGUUAUGUAAAUGAAAAACAAGAUAUUGAAUAUGAGAAUCUAUUUUCAUCAUUAACAAAUAUUAUAAAUAGCCUAAGUGAAUUUCGAAAUACAAUAAAUAUUAUUGACGAAUGUGAAUUAACAUCAGAUGGUUUUAUUCGCCAUAAGAAAACAGAUAAAUUCUAUUUAUUAACACAAGCUAUACAACUUGGUUUUGUUGCAAUUAAAGAUAAUUCUCUAAAUGUCGACGAUUCGAAAAAUAAUUCAAUGCUGCUAAACGAUUCGGUGUCAUGGGAUAAGAAUGGAACACUUACUGCACAGGAAGCUAUUCCAUUUUUCUCUGAUACUUUUAUUUUUGAUUUAUUAACAACAACAACAACAACAACAACAACAACGCCAACUAAAUCAAUACAUGAAUCACAAGAAGGCGCUCUAGAUUCAACAAACACGAAAAGAUUUUUACCUGUGAUGAAUAGUGGUUGA